CCCAAGGGGUAUUUAUUCCCCAGCUUCGACCCCGCGUUGGGUCCUGGAAACCGACGCUGACUGCCUCCAUCAUCCCCUCGCAUCCAGCAUCCAUCUUCCCCAUCUCCACUCGAAAUACCACCCGAGCAUACCACCAGCAGACAUGUCGUACAACCAAGAAGGCCAUGGCCAAAACCAGGGCUACGGUCAGAACCAAGGAUACGGCCAGCCCCCGCAGAACCAGGGCGGCGGCGCUGCCUCGUCCUACUACACCCAAGGCCAGAACCAAGGCCAGGGCCCGCCGCCCUACCAACAGAACCCCGGCGGCCACGGUGGCCCUCCCCAGCAGCAGCAGCAGCACCUGCCAUACGGCACCGGCGGCAGCCAAGGCCACAACAGGCCCCCCGGGUCGGACUUCAACCCCGGCGGCGGCGAUGGGGAGCGCGGCCUCGCCGGCGCCCUGGCGGGCGGCGCCGCCGGCGGGUUCGGCGGUAACAAGCUCGGCGGCAAGGCCGGACACGGCGUGCUGGGCACCGUCGCCGGCGUGGCGCUGGGCGCCUUCGCGGGCCACAAGAUGCAGGACAAGGCCGAGGAGUGGAAGGACGAUCGGCACGACCGCAAGGAGGAAGAGAAGCGCCGCGAGGAGGAGGAGCGCCGUCGUCGCGAGGAGGACGAGAGGCGCCGCCAGGACGAGAAGCACCGGCCCCAACACGAGCAGCAGCAGCAGCAGCAGCGUGGUGGCGGCGGCGGCGAGGACUACGCCGGCAUGUUCUCGGGUUCGGCCCAGGACAUCCGGCUCGAGAACCAGAACGGCGACUGGAUGCUGCGGGCGUCGUGCCGGCGCGGCGACGGCUCGUGGAACAACAGCUCCAUCAGCCUGAGCAGGUACGUCGCCAACGAGGGCGGCUACCUGCGCUGGCACGCGGGCGGCGGCGGUGGCGGCGGCGGCGGCGGCAACCACAGCUGCGGGCCCUCGACGGUGACGGUCAACCAGGGCGACACGCUCCGCGGCAUCGCGGCGCGCUUCCCCGGCACGUCGUUUGACGCCAUCGCGAGGCACAACAACAUCACCAACCCCGACAUGAUCUACCCGGGCCAGGUGCUCGCCAUCCCCGGCUCGCAGGGUAGUGGUGGUGGCGGCGGUGGCGGCGGCGGCGGCGACGGCCGUGGCAACUUUGGUGCCUCGGCCAGGGACGUCCGCCUCGCCGACGGCGGCAGAAAGCUCGAGUGCGAACUGGAGCGCGGCGGCAACUGGACGCGGGCCUGGAUCGCUCUCGACGAGCGCAUCGGCAACCGCAACGGCGAGCUGUACUUUGUCUAA